ACAGCAGUGCAGUCAAGCCUCGUGCGCGCUGUUCUGCCCUCACACUGCGGGGAAUGUUUGCCUAAAGAUUUACCACAGUAACAUUUACACUCAUACAUCUGCAUCGAGUCAGGACUGAUCAGACAUCAGCAGCAUGAGCAAGGGCGAAUCAGACGCGACCGCGCCGGUGAACGCGGGCGAGCCGGCGGCGAAGCAGGAGAACGAGAACGAGAACGGAGACGGUAAAAGUGCCCUGCGCGAGGAGAAAGCCCCACCGGCGGAGUUCGAGCCCCCGGAGGGCGGCUGGGGGUGGGUGGUGAUGCUGGCCGCUAUGUGGUGCAACGGCUCGGUGUUCGGGAUCCAGAACGCGUUCGGAAUUUUGUUCGUGUAUCUGCUCAAGGAGUUCGGCUCCGAGGACGACGAGGACCUCCGAUUCAGAACAGCAUGGGUUGGUUCUCUCUCAAUGGGAAUGAUCUUCUUCUGUUCACCGAUCGUCAGCGUGUUCACCGAUCUCUUCGGUUGUCGGAUAACGGCUGUGGGUGGAGCUGCGGUGGGGUUUGUGGGACUUGUGGCCAGUUCAGUGGUCAGGUCUCUCGGGGCGCUGUACUUCACUUAUGGUAUAGUGUUCGCGUGCGGCUGCAGUUUUGCGUAUCAGCCCAGUCUGGUGAUUCUGGGUCAUUACUUCAAGCGCAGGCUGGGUCUGGUAAACGGCAUUGUGACGGCGGGCAGCAGCGUGUUCACCAUCACCCUCCCAUACGUUCUGACCGGUCUGCUGGAGCGUGUGGGUCUCUACAACACCCUGCGAGUUCUUUCCAUCUUCAUGUUCAUCCUGGUGCUGGCCGGCUUUACUUACAAACCCAUCCUGCCCAAACCCGAGAGCAGCGGGAAGACGGGCGGUCGCUGUCCCGCACUCAACAGGGUCUUUAACCUGAAGAUCUGGAAGUCUCUGGGAUAUCGAAUCUGGGCCUUUGGGAUCCCCGCCGCGCUGUACGGAUACUUUGUGCCUUACGUUCAUCUGAUGAAGCAUGUGGAAGAGCGUUUUGGAGAGGGCACUAAUAAAGAGCUCCUGCUCAUGUGUAUCGGCAUCACGUCUGGAGUUGGUCGUCUGAUCUUCGGCCAGUUGGCUGAUUAUGUACCCGGAGUCAACAAAGUCUUCCUGCAGGUGUCUUCAUUCCUGGUCAUCGGCGUGAUGUCUAUGAUGAUUCCUCUGUGUAAUAUUUUCGGCGGGUUGAUCGCCGUGUGUCUGCUCAUGGGUCUGUUCGACGGCUGUUUCAUCUGCAUCAUGGCUCCCAUCGCCUUCGAGCUGGUGGGCUCUCAGAACGUGUCGCAGGCCAUCGGGUUCCUCCUGGGCAUGAUGUCCGUCCCCAUGACCGUCGGUCCUCCCAUCGCAGGAUUCUUAAGGGACCGUUUGGGCAGCUACGACGUGGCUUUUUACCUGGCGGGGAUUCCUCCCAUCAUCGGCGGAGCCGUGCUGUGUCUCAUCCCGUGGGUGGAGACGAGGAGGAGGAGGAAAGGCGAAGAAGCCGCUACAGACGCAGCAGAGAAGAUGCUGGAGCAGAAGAGCGCAGACGCGCAGGACGACGCAGGCGCUCGAGAGAAGACGGACGACCCUGAAUCCAUCGUCUGAGUUUACUGUAUGAUGAAGCGUCGUGAAACGCUUCUCUGGCCGUUCAUCGGUGAACUGCACAAAUGUGAUUUUUUAAAGCUAUGCAUCAUUCAGAAAGUGUCCUUCAGUAGUUGCGUUGAACUUUUAAGAGUUUUGAAUGCGCAAACUUGAAAGUGAAAAAGGGAAAAUGCUCGCAUGUCUGCAUCGACAGGUGAACAUCUGGACGUUUUUCUGUAAAAAAAAUAUAUAUAUUUGUAAUAACCAAAUAGGAUUUUAAAGGGAUUCCCUCCAAUUCAUCUUUUUGAAAUGGUUUUAUUUUUGAUUCCAGUGAGUCAGAAUUCUUACGUUUUAUGAAUAGUGAAAGUUGUUGUAGAAAUAAGAAAUGACCGUGUGUGUAUCUUUUCUCAUUGUGUUAUUUUUCUCUUUUGUGUGUUCAUCACAUGACUUAAGCACUUCAGUUGUGUUUAUAAAGUGAAAGUGAUGACUACGUGAUGUAGGGAUGUAACGAUUCACCGUGAGCCGGUUAAAAAUCGAUUAUAAUACAGUAUGUGAGGAUUCAAGCCGGUUGAGGUGUUAUUUGAAUCGCAGUGCAUGUUUUGAACAGCAGGGGCCGCUGUGUUUACCCUUCAAACUUGGAAAACGUGGAUAUGCUGAUAUUUCAUAAAUGUAAAAAAUUCCAAGAACAGCACAAAGUCUUAGUUUGUUUAUAUUAAAGAGACUUUUGUAUAAUUCAUUUUUUGUUUGUUUUAAAAUUAGAGUUUAGUUUUGUUAUUUGACAUAAAAUAUAUUUUUAUUUUACAAAGAAAUGUGCAUAAAAGGGCAGUUGUUCAUUUCUAAUUUGUCUCAAAACAUUUUGUGAAAAUAAAUCGUAUCGUGAGCUGAGUGAAUCGUUACAUCCCUAUUUGUAUGACAUUAUCUGUGAUGCACUUUCAUGAGGAAACGUUAGUGCUGCUUUAUAAACUAAAAGCCAAAUUCAGUGUAUUAUUCAAUGUAAAGGUUUAAAAUAGUUUUGUGUGUCACACGUGUAGAUGUGUGCAUGGUUCAUGACACAGGUAAAGGGUUUGUGUUUGAGCUCUGGGUGUUCGUCGAGGGUUUACAUGUGUUGUGCUCCAGGCAGGACAGAUUUUAGUAUUGGAAAUGAAUUGUGAGGAUGUUUUCUAUGCAAUGAGUUGUUUUAAAUGGGUAAGGUUCAGGACGAAGCUUGACCGGCAUGUUUUCAUCAUCAGACUGUGUGUCAGUCACAUUUAUUUUAAAGUGAUAUAAAAUUCUGUCAUCAUUUACUUAUGCUCUUAUCAUUUUGUAAGAAUGCCAGUGACCAAUCAGAUCUCAUCCCCCAACGACUCCCAUAAUAUUUAUUUUCCCUACUAUGGCAGUAAAUGGGAGAUGAGAGCUGUUUGCUUACUGACAUUCAUCCAAAUAUCUUCCUUUGCAUUCAGCAGAACAAAGACAUGAAUCCAGGUUUGGAACAACCUGAGGGCGAGUAAAUGAUGACAGAAUUUUCAUUUUUGGGCGAAUUGUCAGUUUAAUCUCAGUGCUGUUCGCUGUGGUUUCAUAUCAUUUCUCGUGAACAGUCAUCAGGUAUUAUUCAUAUUCCUGUAAUAAUGGAAGCAGGUGCUUUGCUACAGGACUGAAGGGAAUAUGGUGACAAUAUUCUUAAAUCUACAGUGUACGUGCAUCAUCAUAUUGACAAUCCUGUGGUGUUUGAGUAUUAGUGCUGUAAUCUACCUCAGAUUGACACGAUUGUUUGAAUGUUUCUCUACAGAAACACCGAUCACAGAUGCCCGUGUCACGUGUGUUUCGUCCGUGUGCUUUAUUCUGUUCAGAGUGCCUUGACAAGAUGAUUGUUGGAUUGAUUUUGACAUCUGAAAGCUUUGACUCGAUUUCAGAUGCUGCAAACGGAGACAAACGCUCAGAACAUUUCACAGGAAAAGAUUCUUUCUGACACGUGUGUGUGUGUUGUUAUUUUAUUAAAACAUGCCGCUACACGUCGCUUUUAAUUGUAGACGUCCAUCGCUUUGUCUUUAAACUCAAUAGUUUAUGUGAAUAUUAUAUGAAUAUUGUUUUCCAGCAUGUUUGUGGGAAGAUUAUCAUUUUUUUACUUUUUUAAUCAUGUAACAUAUUGCUCAUGUAAGCCAUUGCUGUGUGCCCAAGAAAACAUAUUUUGUGGACUGAUGACAAUCAUAAGUGAUUUACUCGGGGUCAUAAGACAUGAACUGGAUUGUAAAGUGUCUUCAGCUAAACACCUAAAUUAAACCGUAAACUCUUGAAGAAUUGAGAAGGUUUUGUCUGUUUUAUUCUGUGUUGUUGUAAUGUUCUGAAAUGACAUUGACCAAAUAAGCAAGUAAAUCAAAACGAACCGUGUAAAGCAACUGGUUCUUCAUCAGUGGAUGAGUUAUCCUUCAUAUUGCACUUAACAGUGAGAAGGUUUUGUGUUUCACUCUUCUUGUGUGUAAACCAUAAUGCAGAUGAUCUGUUUAUCGCUGCAGUUCGGUUUUUUCAUUCUUCACGAUUUCAUUGUGUUAUUUUUGUGUACGUAUGUAUCACACAACUGCUAUAUUUGAAACCACAAUAAAGAACAUAGUAAUCCUC